AUGAAUGAAAAAGGCACCCACAGAUGGAAGAACCCAAAAUGCUACAUAGUGAAAGGAGCCCUGCGAAGGAGACUCUCCAAGGGGAGAACUCCCCUCUCGGUAAACAAGCUAAAUAGAUGUGCAGUAACACAUCUGAGUAGUGAACACUGCAGUGGUGACGAGAAGAAACGGAACGAAAAAUACGAAGCGCACAUUCGAAACGUUUUUGAAGAACUGCAACGAAUGACUGACAGGGAAGAAAAGAUGAAACACCUGAUGAGAGAAUAUACGAACGUGUGUAGAGUUAGUUUUUCUGAACCAUUGGACAGGAAGAAAUUCACCUUAACGGAUAAUUCAAAGUUGGGUUCUGCAGGGAGAAGGUACUUCAUUAAUGAGGUCAGGGAGGGAGUCAUUUACAGAUAUGUGGAUAGGUGCAACUCGAAUUUGUACGUGGCUGUGGAUGUGGUGGAAGGGAGGGAAGAACAGGAGUGCGAAGUGAGUGAAGAAGACUGCAAAGCGAGUGGAGAGGGCUGCAAAUCGAGUGGAGAGGACUGCAAAGCGAGUGGAAAAGACUGCGAAGUGCAUUCGAGUUGUCCCUCUCCUGAACAGUCUAUCCCCCCAAAUAGCCACUCGGGUGAUAGAACCCACUGGCGAAGCAUCCUUGGAAGGAAGAAAUUUUUAAUCACAGUCGAUGGGUUCAGUGACAACAUCGUUUUGAGUUGCUUCCUCCAGGUUCUUCUAAAGGGGCUUAAGAAGCUCGACUUGGGGGUUUUUCUAAACAUGGGGUUCGAAGGAGUGGUGAAUCAGUUGAGCUCCCUCUACACCAUCCACGUGGAGGGGGAACACCUCGUUGGGCAUGUGAUAGGUCGAGUGGAGCGCUUCCUGGGGAGGCUCUGCGGAGGGGUGAGAAGCAGAGGGGUGGGAAGCAGAAGGGUGAACUGUAGCAAGAGUGACCUCAAAUACGUGAAGAAAAUUUGUUCGAAGAGAAAAAAGCUUUUUAUUAUUAACAUUAAUGAGGAGUAUACUGAACAGGUGCUGAUUCCCAUGCUGCGUAGCUACUCGGAGGGGCAUAUCCCUAAUGCGGAUAUCAUGUGUAAUGAGAAGGUAAAGUAUAACUUGCUCAUGCGGAUGAUGAGGAAGGUGUGUAGGGAGAGGGGUGGUGGGUGGGACUACUCCUAUGUGUCUACUGGUCACUACGCGAUGAUAAGCACGAACGAUGAGGCGAACGCGAAUAGGCUGUUUAAUGGGGACUUCCCCUACGUGGGUGAUGACACAGAUGGGGAGGGUCUUCCACGGAGGACCCCACGUAAGAGGUACAGAUUAAUUGUGGGUAGGGAUGAGAAGAAAGACCAAACGUUUUUUUUGUCCUCCUUCUCGGAAAAGCAGUUGUCUAGGUUUCUGUUUCCUCUUUGCCUGCACAGGAAGAGUGAUGUUAAGAGGCUCAUGGAGGGACGGGCCGCUGGUCAGUACAACCGGAGGGAGACGCGCGGUUUGUGUCUCUACGGGCGGGUGGAUAUGCACUCGCUGCUGGGGCUGUACUUGGGGGGGGGAGGCGUGCGCAGCGGAAGAGGCGAGGGGGAGUCGGAAAGGGGCUCACCCGAGAGGGAAAGGGGCUCAGUCGAGAGGGAAAGGGGUUCACCCGAGAGGGAAAGAGGCCCGGCAGGCCGCGGCUUGCAGUGGGCGAAGGACCAGCUUCGGUCGCCCGAGUUCCGAGCCUUCCAGGAGAAGCACCUACCCUCAUUCAACCUGCGCUUUAGGAAUCACAUAAUAAACGUCGAAGAAGGAACAGUGUUGGACUCAAAUAAUGACAUCCAUUUGUAUGCCAUUGGUCAGAAGAAGCACAUAACAAAUUAUUUGCACCAACUUUACAACUCGAAAAAAGGGAGAGGUCGGAGUUGUGAGAAGAACGCUGUAUCAUCAUGUCAAUGGACAGUCGUUUAUAAGAAGAUGCUGGGAAGUAGGAGUGGAGAUGUGAAGGAGAAUUUUAUUUAUGUCAGUCGUGAUUACGAGAGUGGGUUGUUUCGGCACCUUCGCGGGCGGUGCAGGUUGGGGGCCUUUCGCUGGGUGGCCUCUGCCCCGCCGUCCUACCUGCUGGGGGUCGAAGCGGCACCAGCAGCGACGGAAGCAGCAGGAGCGGAAGCAGCAGGAGCAGAAGAAGCAGAUGCGGCAGAUGCGCCGCUGACCGUGCCGCCCACCGCAAACAAGCGGAGGGGACGAGCCAUCUGCGUCAAAAUACGCAACAGCGAAAGGAUAAAGGAAGCGAAGAUUGCCCUGGAUGACCUGGGGGAGACGGCGUACCUCACGCUCAGGCAGAAAGACAUAGGACUCUCCCCCGGACAGAUAGUUACCCUCUACCUCCCCUUCAUUGUUAAAAGGAAUGGAAAAACCAAGUACGUGUACUCCCUGAGGAGGAGCAGCAGGAGCAGGAGCAGCGGCAGGAGCAGCGUCGGCAGGGGGGAGAAGAAGGACAGGCCCACCUUUUUCCACUGCCUGGGGUCGGCACGAAUUACAAACCAGUACUUGAACCGGGGGCUUUAUCGACGACUGAUGGAGAUUCACAGGAGGAACAACUUGCCGCUUUGGGGGAGAGACGAACAGUGCGGAGUAGCCAAUUCGGAAUAG